AACGCAAAAGCUCAGCGGCGCCGUCAGGAAAGCACGGCAGCGGCGCGGAGUAAACGGCGACGGCUCCGUUACAGAGCUCAAUUUGCGUUGUUUUAUAACAGUCCAAGAGACAUACCGGGACAGGCCUCUUGCCUCCGAGCCACGUACUUUUGCUCUUCCAGGCCAACGGCUGAUUGAAACGGCAACAGAUACCGGUACGAGUGAGGGACACCCACCCGAGAGCAUUACUACUUUGUCACUGUCCAGUUGGCGACGAGCGACAUAUCACACGCACACACACAAGCAAGAAGCUACCUUACCAUCAUGUACCGAGAGGGAUACCUCGUCAAGUGUGGCCGCAGUGCGUACGACCCACCGCAACUGAUCUACUGCGUAUUCGAGAACGGCGUAGUCCAGUACUACACGGAGAAAGGAGGUAUGAUUGUAGGCGAGCUCGAGCUGGCUGGACACGUGACCAAAGUGCGCGUAGAGAAGUCCACGCCCGGCAAGUUCCCGCAUCGCUUUAUAGUCUCCGUCGCUGCGGUGGUUCGUGUCGAGGGCCGUCGUAUGAAGCUGGGGGAGCCACGCUUAACCGAGUUCGCGGCUCCGACAAAUGACCUUAUGAAGGAGUGGGCCAACUCGUUGCACUUGUGGCGCCGUAUGAACUGGAAGGAGAACGUCAAGUUCUUCGACAACUCGAGUGAAAUAUCGCAAACCGAAGAGCUGGAGACGCUGCAGCUCCAGAUGCACACGCUCAAGACGGUGCGGGGCCGCUCCGUCUCCGCCAACAAGUUUAGGAAGCCAUUUGUCAACAUCAUGCACGGCCAGCCCUCGCCUACGAUCAAGAAGCUUCGUCAGAUGAUCAUGCACACGGGCUCGACGGCCUGCACCAGCACCGCGUAAGAAGCGGCAUUUAUCGUUCGGUGCGCUGAACUGGAAGCCAGUGCCGCCACGUUGUUUAUUAUGCAUGUCGUAUAGAGCCAUGCGACCAGUGGCUGCGCCCACCGGGCCUCAUUUUGGUGUACGUCACGAGGUCAAUUUUGUGUGUAAAAAAUACAGAG